ACGACCGUGCAUGCAUCCUAGAGCACAGCGUUUCCGACCUAAAGGUUCGUCCGCUUCCAUAGCAAAACCUACGCCACCAUGCCAAACGCGCCACAAUCAUCACCUCGCUCUCGCGUAAGCCGUGCAGCAGCCUCAAGGGCCGUCGACUCCCUCCUCAAAUGGAUCAGAGCCCAACAAAAUCCUCACAACUUGGCCGCCACUCGCCACGACGACUUCAUCCACCUCAUCCUCUCCCUCACCAAAACCCCACACAAGCUCCACUGCAAACCCUACCGCAUUCCCCUUCCCCACCCUCUCCACGACUCUUCCACCGUCUAUCUCAUACUCGACGAGCGCCCCAACUCGCCCCUCACAGUAUCCUCCGCUCGCGACCUCGUCUGCUCUCUCUCUCUCCCAAUCAACCAAAUCCUUACCCUCUCAGAUCUUCGCUCUGGAAUACUUCUCACCGGCGAACUUCUAUUUGCCGAUCGCCGCAUCGCAAGGCGUCUGUGUAGCUUUGAAAAGGGGAAGAAUAAGAAGAGGAAGCGGAGUAUGCUGGUGGAGGUGGAUUUCACGCGGAAGGUGUGGCCUGAGUAUGUGAGGCAAGUGUGCUUCUCGACGGUGCUUAAUCUUGGCCCCGGCACGUGCAGCGGCAUUAGGGUGGGGAGAGCGUCGCAGGAAAGCGAUGAGAUUGUCGACAAUUUGAUGGCAACGGUGGAUGGGGUGGUCCGGAAUGUUCCACGGAAAUGGUCGAACGUUAUGGGGUUUCAUCUCAAAACAUCAGAGUCGCUGGCUUUGCCGAUUUAUGAGAAGAGUAAUUGGUCUCAUAAGAAGGUGGGUGAUGAUGAUGACGACGGGAAUGAGGUCAGUGAAGAAGAAGAAGGAAUGGAGGAUGAGAAGCAUAGAAAGGUAGAGAGGAGGGCUGAGAUAGUGACAUGGAAGAGAGCAAGGGAUGGUGGAGAGGUCGGUAAUGUCAAAAAGAAGAUUUUGAGAUAUGGUGUUGGCAGGCAUAUGCCUCGAAGAGCUCAGGCAAGGCGUAUGCCUCACAUUGGUUGAGUCCUGCCUCAAGGCGAGCCUCGCCGCAAGUCCACUAAGGUGUGUUCCUCUCGCGCUUAGAUUUUUUUCCUCUUUAUUAGACAGUUGAAAUAUGAAUCAAAGUCGCAUUAUCAUGCACAGGAGGUCUCUUCUCCACAAUCAAACUUCCCAGCAUCGCUGUUUGCUGCUUUUGUUGCUUGUACCACCACCGUCAUUUGUUGUUUCUAGUGUCAGCACCACCACUAUUGCUUGUUGCUCCUGCUACAGCAGUCGCCUGCUUUUGCUAUAGGUAUUUAGAUUUAAUUAAAUCAGAAGAUAAAUGCUUUGCUUACAUUGGUAGAUUAAUCUUCUUGUUGCAGCCACCAUCGUCUACUACAUUAGCAAAUAAACAACAUUUAUCUUCUACAACAGCUGUCUGCUUCUGCUAUAUUUAUCUUCUUGUUGCAGCCACCACCGUCUACUACUUUUGUAGGUACCGUCAUUUGCUACUGCCGUCGCCAACUCUUGCUACUGCCACUAGCUGCUCUUGCUGCCUCCACGGUCGCCUAUUGCUCCAUCUUAUGAUUAUUUAUUAUGUUUUUUAUUUAAAUUUUUGGAUGUUAUUAUGUUCAUUGGACAAU